AUGGGGAAGGGAGAAUGCACGCAGGCUACUCAUCCAAUGCAAGAGAUUUUUCAAGAGGAAGCGACAGAUGCCGUACUACUUGUUGAUGCGUCCAACGCCUUUAAUUCGCUUAAUCGUCAAGUGCUUCUCCGCAACAUUGUUAAGAACUGUUAUGGUGUUCGUUAUGGGUGAUUGGGUGGUAAAGAAAUCUUAUCGUGUGAGAGGACUACUCAAGGAGACCCAAGUGCAAUGCCAGCAUACUAUGCCAUAGGAAUUGCACCGUCACUACAACUCAUCAAUUACAAGAUAUGGCGAUGCUGAGAAUUCAAGUCGGAUGGCGAUCAAGUUAAACAUGCGCCGGCUUACGCAGAUGACCUUAGUGGUGCAGGAAUCCUUGAAUCCCUGCUAACAUGGUGGAAUCGAGUUGUUCACUUUGGAUACUAUCCAAAAGCUCCAACGUCUUGGUUAGUGGUGAAAGAUAAUAGAGCUGUUGCUGCAAGAAAGAUCUUCGCUCAUACUGACAUUAACAUCACAUCAGAAGGUCGCGUGCAUAUCUUGGUGGUUUCGUUGCAUGGAAGCGAGGAGUCCCAAGAGAAUUCUGCAAAGGAACUUGUUAAAAAUUGGUGCGAACAGUUAAUGAAAUUGUCAAUGAUAGUGCAGUCGGAACCACAAGCGGCAUUUGUAAAACAACAAGUGAGCAACUGUCUAAGAACAUUAAAUCUCAGACGUCAGAAUACUCCUUUGAUGCCAGGUCACACAUUUCCACCAAAAAUUCUAUCAAGAAGUGAACUCAAGACAUUUGGAACAUAUCAACGCAGUCUUGACGAUCUCAAAGAGAGAAUGAAUGAUGACCAAAAGCGUGCUAACGAGAUUGCUCAAAUGAAAGGAGCCGCCCAGCGUCCAACAUCAUUACCAUUGAAGUUUGAAAACUACCUCCUUAACAAACGAGAAUUCCACAACGCUAUUCGCAUGAGAUAUAGAUGA